AUGGCCUGGGCAGUGGACCCCCCGUGUCCCCCGUGGGCCUGGGCAGUGGACCCCCGUGCCCCCGUGUCCCCCGAGGCCCAGCGGUUGGCGGCGGCCGGCGCAGGGCCCAGAGCGCAGGGCGCAGGGCGGCCGCAGAUCUCGCUCUCGCUCUCGCUCUCGUUCUCGCCCCGCGGGAAGGGGGAGGCGGAGGCGCGACCGGCUGCGGGAGCUGCAAUUACCGUGUGGGCUGCGGAAUUCUCGUGGUGUUUGUCGGGGCGCUGCGAUAAUGGCGUCCGUCCUCGCGAGAGAAGCCGCCUCUCCGCGCAGGCGCCGCUGGCCCCUCCCCGCGGCUCCUCCCCGCCCUCCGCGCAGGCGCACACGCGCACGGCGCCUGCGCGCGGGGCUCGGCUGAGCAUGCGCAGACGGAGCUGCAGGCUCAGGAACGGAGCACCAACCCCUGGAGUGACCCGCGGGCUGUGCACAGGCCCGGGGCCCGCCCCCGGUGGCACCCGGCAGUCCCCCAUCAACAUCCGGAGGGAGGACAGCGUGUUCGACCCCCGCCUGCAGCGGCUCGCCAUCGCCUACCGGGCAGCAUCCUGCCGCUACGCAUGGAACACCGGCUACUUCCUCCAGGUGGAAUUUGAGGACACUGCUGGCUCAGGCAUCAGCGGUGGGCCCCUGGAAAACCACUACCGGCUGAAGCAGUUCCAUUUCCACUGGGGAGCAGCGAACGAGCGUGGCUCCGAGCACGCGGUGGCUGGCCGCGUGUACCCGGCAGAGCUGCACCUGGUCCACUGGAACCCAGCGAGGUACCGGAGCUACGAGGCAGCCGUGCGGGGCGAGCAGGGAUUGGCAGUCCUCGCAGUGUUCCUUCAGCUGGGGGCCCGUCACCAGGCCCUGCAGCAGCUGGUCGACAUCCUGCCAGCCAUCAGGCAUAAGGGUAUGCGGACAGCCAUGGGCCCCUUCGACCCCUCCUGUUUGCUGCCCGCCUGUCAGGAUUACUGGACCUAUGCAGGCUCCCUCACCACCCCGCCACUGGCCGAGUCAGUCACCUGGCUCAUUUACAAGGAACCCAUCGAGGUGGCCCAGGAGCAGCUGUCAGCCUUCCGCAGGCUGCUCUUCUCAGCUCCCGGGGAGGAGGAGCGCCUGAUGGCCGACAACCAUCGCCCGCUGCAGCCGCUGAUGGGCCGGCAGGUCCGCGCGUCCUUCCCAGCCGUGGGAGAGGACCACUCGCAGUCACUCCACCCAGAGGGGUAGGCAGUACUGUGUCCCCAGGCUCACGAUCCGGCCA